AUGCCUGUUCGAAAUGCGAAUCAUAGUAUUUAUUCUUAUGGAAAUGGGAAUGAAAAACAAGAGAUCCUUUUUCUAGAAAUAUCCAGAGUUAUGCCCGUUGGAGGCAUUAAAACCACCCCGGGCGCCCCCCCGGAUUUAUGUCAUGCGGAGUUGCUCCGUGCCUUCGCUCCGAUGUAUUUACUCCCUCUCAACCAUUUUUUAAGGUUGAAUGAUAAUACCGAUUCCUACUAA